AUGGCUUCCUCAACUAUGCACGCGGUUGGCGUAACAGAGUAUGGCUCCGUUGAGAAACUACACUCAAGAGAAGUCCCCAAGCCAUCGAAGCCAACAGGCCGUCAAAUGAUCGUUCAAGUGAAAGCCAUCUCCGUCAACCCUAUCGACAAGAAAGUCCGCGCUGGCACUUACGACGAUGCCCCUGACUAUUACGAACGAGUCAAGCCACUAACACAAGACUCGCCCCACUUCCAUAUCACUGGCUACGAUGGUGCCGGCAUCGUCCUUGAGACGGGUCCGGAUGUAAAGUACUUCAAGCCCGGCGAGGAGGUCUACUACCUUGGAAACCCUGUCUUUCAAGGCUCCUAUGCCGAGCAGUUGAUCGUGGAUGAACGACACGCCGGCCACAAGCCAAAGUCUCUCGAUUUUGUCCAGGCCGCAGCAAUGCCGUUAACUUUCGCUACUGCAUACGAGUCGCUCGUUGACCGAUUAGAGAUCAAGGUAGGCGAGAAAGCCGGAAUCCUCAUCAUCAACGGCGGCGGCGGUAUGGGAUCGAUCACAUCCCAAGUCGCUCGGCACAUCUUAAAAUUGCCUAUCGUUAUCACCACGGCCUCGCGACCCGAGACCAUUGAGUUCUCCAAGAAAAUGGGCGCCACACACGUGGUCAACCACCGUGGAGACAUCGUGCAGCAGAUCAAGGACCUAAACCUCCCCGCCGACAUCCCCUUAAAAUACGCGUACAUCACGGGCCGUACGGAGCAGUACUUGUUCCCGAUCGCGGACAUCCUAGCGCCUUUUGGCAAGGUGGGCAGUAUCGUGCAGGCCAACUUCGACAUGUACGGAUCGCAGAUGAUGAGCAAGUCGCUGACCUUUGUCUGGUGCUGGGUUGGGACUGGACCGUACCAUUAUUACUACAAUGACAAGCAGGAAAAGCACCAUGACUGGUAUGAGAAGCUGGCGACGCUCCUAGAUCAGGGUGUGAUUAAGUGUCAUUUGAAUGAGCGCUUGAGAGCCACAGCUGAAGGCAUCAGGCAGGCUCACAGGAGGCUUGAGGCUGGAAAUGCUGUGGGUAAGAUUGGACUGGGUAUUGAUGAGCCUGGUGAGGGAAAGGCGUUUCAGUAG